AUGAGUCCGAGAGAGAGGUUUCCAGCACGGCAGGCAACAACUACUUCUGGGAAGAGGCUGUCAGUGUCAUUGUAUCCACCAGCAGCCAGGAUCUUAGGGUUUCAGGGACAAGUACUCAGAGCUCCAACAGCCGUGGCGCUCGUCGUCUUCUUUGGUUGGCAGGCGCUUUCUUGGAGCAACAAGCAGCAGGGCGAGGGACGAGCAUCCAUGGGGAUCGUCAAUUCUGAAGACUUUUCAACCUCUUCUGUGACGUUUGGUUUGUGA